CCAAGAGUUUAAUGUCACAUUUUUGCAUAUCUGAAUGUGACACAAAAAGUAAAACCAAUUCUCAAUUCCAAAAAUAUUUACACAUGAAGAGUCUCUAUACAACCGGGCACUGGGAAGUUGAAUUGUUUCAUAAUGGGCAAAGGUCAGAAGAAAACAAGCUGCAGGAAAUGACUCCUCCGGUUCCGGAGAAUGAAAUUCCUUGCGAAAGUCAAUCGAAUCACUGUGAAUUCAGCUGGAGGGUUCUUGUCAUCGUGGCGAUAAGCCUGAUAUUAACUUUAGCAUCAGCAUACUGGGGACUAUUUUAUGAAGGCUUAACGUACACAUCCUCAACCAAUAAUAUACCCAUUAUGGGCGCCCUUAUUUGCAUGUAUGCAAUUAAUUUUAUGAUGUGCUUUAACUCCCGAAUAUUGAGAAGGUCCUCGAGCAAUAACAUUUUGAUGGCACUAUAUGCGGCAGGCCUUCUGUGUACUCGCCCCUUUUGCAUUCCCUCCCUGUUCAACAUACAAAAGGCGAUCGAUGGGCAAUACGAUAUGGGUGAAUACACAAUGGGUGCCCUGUGCCUAGGACAAGACGCUCUAGUCCUAAGUCUCUUUAUAAUUUCGAUGUGUAUCCAUAUUGAAGGCGGAGGAAGUGGUGAUGAGGACGACAGUUCUUCCGGCGAUUCCGGCGGAGAUUCCGGAGAUGGUGGAGAUUCGGGCGGUUCUUGAGAAAACUUUAAGCUAGUUCCAGAAACGUGAAAGAAGCUCCCCGCUUAACAAUAAACAGCAGAUUCUUUACCUUAA